AAAAGUAAUUUUAAACACCUAACGUCUUUAACAACACUUAUUGAUAAAAUUAAAGGUGACAACUCUACCUAUUAUCGAUUGUGUCUGCUGUCAUUAGGAAAUACACAUUCUUUUCUGAAAAAGUUUCAGUGGACGUAGUUCUUUUUUUACUAUUUUACCGCAUAUAAGUGGAAAGCUUUCUUAUGGUUGAUCCAGAUGCACAGCGUUAUCGCUUAAGUCUGCGUGGCUUAAAUGAGGAAAAUUCGAGAAUCUUCGAUAAUGGGUGCCCAAGGAAAGAGUCGUCCCCCAGCGGUGAUGAACUAGGCAACCCAACUGACCGUAAACUGCAUAAGAGCCGUUCCCGUACCCGGCGACCAACGUCAAAUGGGGCUGUGGGGAACACAGGUCAAAAGCCCCUUAUAGAGCGGUCGGAGGGGGCACGCUCCUCCACCUCUUCGGGUUCCGGUUCCGGUUCUGGCUCCAGCUCAUACUUCAGAUCUGGCUCCAGCUCAAGGUCCAGUUCUGGCUCCAGUUCUGACUCCAGAUCUGGCUCCAGCUCAAGCCCCAGCUUUAGGCCCGAGGUGAGAUCCUCCCAACACUCUCCAAAAGAUGUUGAGCACUCUGCAAGCUUGAUCGUUAAAACGGAACCAAAUGAUGAACGCGUGGAUGGGGACGAAAUAUUGCCCUCAAAACAAGCUGAUUCAGUCUCGAUGUCCUCUUCUAGUGACUCUAUAACAAUCUUAUCCGACAGGGGAAACAUUUCACCAAUAGAAGUCGUGGGUAGCUCAGAGGAAGAACUGGAAGGAAUCGAUAAAAAUCGUGUCUUAAGCGACAGAUCUGGGCCUUGCUACAAAUCAAGUGGCAGUGUAUAUUCAUCACGCUCCUUGAAAGACUCCCCAAUAUCGAACUUCAAGGACAAGUCAUUUCCUGAUAGCCACGGCAUAAAAGAAGAACCGAAAGGAGAUUAUAAUGACAAGAUUAUAAUGCCCACAGUGUUUCCUCCGAUUCCCAGUUCAAGUGGGAGUGUUCCCUCAUCACUAUCCAUGAAACCUACCGAAAUAUCGAACUCCAAGGACCAGUCAUUUCCUGAUAGUCAAAGCUUAGAAGAAGAACCCAAAGGAGAUAAUAAUGACAAGGAAAAAAUACCAAUUUCUCCAGUUUCUAGUUCAAAUGGCAAUGUAUUAUCGUUGCCCUCCAGGACAUUGCCAGACAUUCCAAGUCCAUGCUCAGAAGAUGAACCGACCGAAUUUAAAGGCAAGAUGGAAUUACUGCAAGACCUAUCAGAUUCUUCCGACUGUCUUCAUAUAAAUUCCGAUCAGCAGUCAAGUGAAACAAUAAAUUUGGAAAGACUUCGCAAUGAAUCGUCUGAGAUGGAGAUUUCCUUUAGCAGCGAGGAAGAAACUGGCCAACCCAAAGAAAAUUUGGAAAGACUUCGCAAUGAAUCGCCUGAGAUGGAGAUCUCCUUUAGCAGCGAGGAAGAAACUGGCCAACCCAAAGAAAAUUCAAUUGAUGAUAAGUACCGGAAAAUCUUUGGAGACAAGUUGACGGGCAAAUUCAAGAUGUCCGUGCCAGCUGAUAGUAGUGGACUUCUUGGAGGUCCGUCUCACUUCUUAAAGGUACCUCAUUUCAUACCACUGGAAUCCGCAGCCUACAAAACUCAGCUAUUUGAGAACCGCAUGACGUCAGAAGAUCUGAAGGACGAGCAGUCUCGCGAGGACUUCAUUAACCGGCUCAAGACAACAAUGAGAUGGCGGGAGAACCAAUACAAGGUGAUGGAGUCGAAUUCGAGGCUGGUUCGCUGGUCCGACGGCAGCGAGACCUUCCAUGUGGGCGCCGAGGUCUUCGACGUGUUGCACCAUCCGGUGACCGAUCACCUAAGCCAUUUGUAUGUGCGCCAGGAGACCUGCUACCAAGGCCAGGGAUUGAUCAAGGACAAGAUGACGCUGCGCCCCAAACUGGACUCAAAAUUCGGACAGAGUCACGUUCAAGGCAUGCGCAAUCGCGCGAUGAAUAAGCCGCAAACAGGCUGUGUCAAGGUGGUAAUGGACAUGGGCGUUGAUCCCGUCCAGGAUCGUGAGCAGCGCGUCAAGGAGGAGCUGGCCCAACUGCGAAAAGAGGAGCGAGAGAAGUGUCGCGAGAUGACUCGCAAUAGGCCACGUGGUCGGGAGUUUGGUGCCAAAGCUAAGAACACCCAAGGCAUACACACCAACCGCAAUACGGCCACAAAGCCAGCGGAUCUCGAUGAGCAGGAUAGUGAUGGGGAUGGAGAUGUAGAUGACUCAAACAAAGAGGAUUCAAGUGAGGAUGAGGCCGACGGGGAAAUGUCCGAUGAACCCAGAUGGAGCACUUCCAAGGCCAAGGAAUCGGAUUCCGACGAGGGUCCCAAGAUCAGAUGUGUUAAGCGCAAAACGAAGCAGUUGUUCUAUUCCGACUCUGACUCCGAUUAGUUAUCCGCUGUACUCGAAAGCGUAAUAAAUAA